CGUGACUCGACGCGAAUACCUUAUUCUGUGUAUGUGUGUGUUUGUUUCCAUACACGUUGCGAGGCGUCGCGACCAAAACAAGCCAACACAGAAAUAGAAAUAGUAACACUUGUAGUUGGUGUUAGUGCUAGGUUUGCUGGUUACCUUGGCCAUCGAUCGUGCGCGCGUGGUUAGCGUGUCAGCCUGACGUACAUUACGUAUACGACACCAAGGCACUGCGCUAUGUUGUGGAGAAGCAGGCAGGCAGGCCGUUGUCCUUGGUUUUAGUCUAGCGCUUGCAGCGUGUGGCAACGGUAAUGUCCUGACUUUAGUGCGAGUGUUUUUACUAUCUGUCUCUGUGUUCGUGUGCGUGUGUAUGUGAGUGUGAGUGAGUUAGCCUCUCUCUUAGUCAGUAGUUGAAACAGAGCUAGAGAGUUGUGCCAUGUUAUUGGCUAAUCGUUAUGCAAUCGUCUAACUUUAAGCCAUAAGUGGAAAUGUCUUUGAAACGUUAUGCAAUCCUCGCGGCGGUCAGUCAGCAACAGCAACAGCAGCAGCAGCAGCAGCUGCAUCAUCUGCCAUACAAUGCAACAGUCAUGUCAACAGCAACGCCAACGACAACGACAUCAGCAAUAGCAACAACAAUGGGCACAACAUCUUUGCCCGCCAGCAACAGCGAGGAACAGGAUGAGCAAUUGCUGGAGGACGCAGACGUAGAGGAAGAGCCGCCAUUACAUUCCACGUACUAUCAGGGCGGCAUUGGUCUCUAUUAUCAGCAGCUCGGAGGAACACCGACAGGAGGAGGAGCAGGCGGAGGAGGAGGCAUAUCACUAGUUAAUGGCGCCACUGGCUCGAGCAGCGGCGGAGCCAACAGCCAUGGCACAGCUGGUGGCAGCGGCUCGCAGAGUUACGCUCAUGUUGUCAAUGGCAGCGUGAAUCUUUUACUCGGCGGCUCUAUGCUGUGUCUGGUGACUACAAUUUUAUGUGUCGUUUGUUAUUGUUGUCAUCGCAAUAUCAAAAAGCGAACUGAGGCCGCCUACAGGCAGCAGCAGCAUCAAUGGAUGGAAAACGACCCCAAUAUGGAAAUCUACAGCGUUGAGCAGUGCUACGAGACUUCGGGUCUCUUUCUGGGUGACUCGACGGAUGGUUUGGCUGCGUUGCCAGCGUUGCAUCAUGAGCCGCCGCCUUCGUAUGACGCUGUCGUGUUGCAUGAGCGGCAGUUGCUGCAACAGCAACAGCAGCAACUCGAGGAGCAGCAGUUGCAGCUGCAGCAACAGCAAUUGCUCUUGCAACGCGUCUCUCCGCCGCCUGGUUAUCGCUCCACGCUCGACAUCAGCUGCCUGCAGCAAGCAUCGUCGUCGGCUGCAGCUGUGGCAGGUGGCAGUGUUGAAGCAAUGCCAGGUGGCAGUGGCAGCUCUGCCGCUGCUGGAGUUGGAGCUAUCGGAGGCGAUGCGUUGGUGCACAAGCAACUGCAUCGCACACUCAACGCCCAAUCCUGUUGCUCGCUGCAACGUGCCGAGGUGGAGAACAUGUGGAAUGCAGCUGCUGCGGCGGUGGCGGCACGCAACAACGGCAACUGCCAGGAAUUGGAGAUGUACAUGGCGUCGCCAUCGCCGCCAUUGCCGCUGGCAUUGCAGGCGCGAAAGAAUGCACAGGCGGCGCUGCGUUUGAAUAGCUUUGGACGACGCUAUUUGCAGCAGAGUCAGCUUCACAUGCAACAGCACAGUCACUAUAGACGCGGCUGUCCGUUGUGUGGCAAGUUUCGCUAUGCGGCCGACGACGAAAUGUUGGCGGCAUCCGUUGAGAGCGGCCUGGAGCAGUGUGAUGACAAUGACAAUGUGGCAAGUGGGGCAAGUGUUGAACAGCAGCAACAGCAACAGCAGCAAAUGACUUUGACUUGCCUAAAUGGCAAUCAAAUUGAUGCCGCAGUUGUUGAAGCUGAUGCUGCAAAUGGAAAUGUGGUGGACAACAGCACAACAGCAUCAGCAGCUGAAGAUGUGGAAGCCAACGCUGACAUAGACGAAAAUGACAAUGCAGCAGAGACACCAACAGCAACUGCAACUGCAGCAUCAUCAUCAUCAGCAGCAACAACAGCAACUGCAGAUGAGGCUGCUGCCAACCUAGAUAUUAACAACAUCAACGAGAACGGCAUCAUCAGUCUGGACAUGAGCAAAAUCAUUGAUGUAUCGGGGUUGCCCACAUACGAAGGAGCGUUGAAGCUCGAAUCGAGUGGCUACGUCUAAGAGAGGGAAAGAGAGAGAGAGAGAAAGCUUCCCCCAAAUGUCAACGAGAUAUAUGAAUGACAAGUUCACAAAAUUUACCAAAUGAUAAAUCUAUCACGAAUGUGCUUUAUUUUACAAAAACCAAAACAAAAAUGUGGAGCAGAGAGUUGUUGUUAAUGCCUCCCCCUAAGAGCAGGUAAUUUUCAUUGUGUUAAUCAAAUCGCAACUGCCUUAACAGCAACAACAUUGAUCUCGGGUUGAAAUGGCUUCGAUUCUCAACCCACAAAUUGUAUGAAAUAUAUAUUUCUAAUUUUAGCUGCUAGUUAUAAGCUUACAUAUCCUCCCAACCACCCAAUUCUAAAUAGCAAAAAACAGAAAAUAAUAAGUCAAUGUUUGUUCCGACCGAGUUAUAAGUAAAACAAAAAGAAAAAAAAGAAAAGAAAAUGCAAAAAAGAAAACGAGAAAUAUCAAUAAAAGAAAUAUGCUCGAA